GAAGACGAGGACGGCCCCGCGCAGGCGCCGCAGAAAAGCUCCUCCCGCCGAAGCUUGCGCUUGUUUGAAACUCAUCGCGCAUGCGCUGUUAGAAUAGUCGUGUGCGCUAGUUAGACUCUUCAUUCCCUUCCCCUCCUUCUACUUUUAGUUAUUUGCUCUACGCAUGUGCAGGGCAGGAUGCAUUUCUGUGUCUUUUUUCCUUGGUAAUUUGUACUCCCCUCACUUUUAUCCGCGAGUACUGUACUGUACUCUGAAAUGGCACCAUAGAGUCCUCUGUCUAGAAAGGCAUAUAAGGCGUAUAGUUGCCAUUUUGUGUUUUUCGUUUGAAACCCCUUCGCUAGCCAAAACCGAUAAGAGAGCCGAAACAAGAGGAAGGCCUUUGCGUGUUUUGGAUGGCGGAUAUCGCCACUUUCAUUUCUAGAAUCAGGUACAUACAGGGAGACCUUUUUACAUGUCCUGGAACAGACUCCUUGGCUCAUUGUAUCAGUGAGGAUUGUCAUAUGAGUGCUGGCAUAGCUGCCAUUUUUAAGAAGAAGUUUGGUGGUGUUCAGGAGCUCUUGAACCAGAAAAAGAAGACUGGGGAUGUGGCUGUUCUGAAGAGAGAGAAUCGAUAUGUGUACUAUCUGAUUACAAAGAACAAAUACUUUCAUAAGCCUACCUAUGACAAUCUACGGAAGAGCUUGGAAGCGAUGAAAAUCCAUUGCCUUAAUAAUGCUGUAACUUGUAUUUCUAUGCCGAAGAUUGGGUGUGGACUUGACCGCCUGAAUUGGAGUAAAGUUUCAACAAUGCUUGAUGAAGUAUUUGAGGAUACAGAUGUUAGCAUUACAAUUUAUACCCUUUAAUUUAUUAUCCUUUUGUAUUCUGUGUUUGUAACUGAUUUGUGAAAAGAUGGUGAUGUGAUUUUGUUCUAUUUCCCUUUCUCUUUCAGACAUUUCUCACCAUUACUAAUAUCCAAUCAUAGACAGUGUUUUGUAGAAAUUUAUAGUUAAAGCUUUUAAUUUUUAAUCUCUAAUUUUUAGGAUUUUGAUUAUGUCUAUAUGGAAUGUACUUGUGUUUGGUUGUAAGUCGCCCAGAGUGGCAGAUUAACCUCUGCCAGAUGGGCGUCUAACAAAUCUCAUAAAUAAAUAAAUACAUACAUACAUACAUACAUACAUACAUAAACAAACAAACAAAUAUUUUAGGAUUGUUUGUCCAACAAUGUGUGUGCUUCAUUCAGCAGAUGAAACUACUAGUUUAAAAAAAAAGCAGAAUGCCUUUGCAUUGCUACGUUUUGGUUAGUCUAGCACCUUUUGUUGUGCAAUCUUGUGUUUCAGAAUAAGGCAAACAACUAUGGCACCUCAGUAGCCGCUGUAUAUCCUCAGUUAAAGGUAAUUAGAUUUUCCUGUUUACUUCUGUGUAAAUAAAAUGCCUUUUCUUAGCACAAGUGAAUUGUUUGUUUUUAAAAUGGUGUAGUAUCUCAUUGUGCACAUGCAGGGUCUGAUGUGCACACCCACUUCUGUUGUUCAAAUUAAUGAGGAGUCCUGCUCAUUUGGCAUUUGGAUCAGUUCAGUCCAUCUGUUUCACAAACCACAUAUUGCGCUAAACAGCAAGGGAACAAAUCAGUACUAAAUAACAUGAUUAAGCAACUAUAUAGACCCUCUUUAAGGGGGCCAUUAUAUUUAACAAGGGAGUUUCCCAAGUCUUCUCAAAAUAUGCACAUAUUUUCUUCAGUGGUACUAUGUCUUGCCAUAUAUGGUUAAUGCUUUCAAGGUUGCUUCUUGCAGAAAAAUAAAUGCUCCUGCUCCAUAUAUUAAAAUGUUUCUAUAAAACAUUGUUUCCAUGAGAUCUGAAUAUAUAUCUAUAUGCUGUAGAUACCUACUAGCAUAUUUCCUUGAAGAACUGAAUACUGUGUCCAUGAAAGGAUACAGGUGCCAGAGAACAGAAAUGCUGCAAAUAUAAGGAAAGCUCUGAGAGCGAAUAUUUCAUUUCCCCAUAUACUUAAUAUGAAGAUUCUAUUACUACUGUGGUCCUCUUAUUUAUUCUAUUGUCAAAUCUAUGUAUAACAAAGCAUCUGUAUCAGUGGCUUUAUUAACCCAGAGAUUUCUGCUAUUACACAUUUCUGAUCAUACUAUAAUAUAUGUUGUGAUCUGGAGAGCCCUUUUAGGCAGAUGCAUAGGCUUAUGUAGGUCCACCAGAGUUUUGCGCACCCCUCUCCCUCGUAAGCUGCUCCUUGCUCUGCUUCAGGGGCUACAUCAGAAGUUCCCUGAAGCUGGGGCUGGUAUGGAAGAAGGGCCAGGCUGAAAAGAAGGGAUUCAUGCCACCAUACAUGCUUCUGGAUGGGGACUAUAGUUCUUUUUACCUUUUAGACUGGAAUCCUGUACCUCUUUACUUGGGAAUAAAUCCCACUGAACUCAGUGGGAUUUACUUAGUUCUGGGUAGACAUGUGUAUGUACUGCCUUCAAGUCGAUUCCGACUAUGGCAACCCUAUGAAUAGGGUUUUCAUGAGGCUGAGAGGCAGUGACUGGCCCAAGGUCACCCAGUGAGCUUCAUGGCUAUGUGGGGAUUUGAACCCUGUUCUCCCAGGUCGCAGUCCAACACCUUAACCACUACACCACACUGGUGUAUAGACAUGUAUAAUUGUACUGUAAGGAUGAUAGCCAUGUGAGCCAUAAGUCUAUUGAUUGCAGUGGAUCUAUUCUGAUUAUUACUGAGUUAGCUAUCUAUUGCCCUUAAGAUUUCCAAAAUUAUGGCAGGCUUGUUUCACAUUUGGGUCAUAAACAUGCAUUUAUUUUAUUAUAUGGGAUUAGGCAUUAUUAUUUUUCCUCAACACAAAUUUACUAGAUAUCCUGGAUUUCCAUUGCUUGUUCGUAUUUGUCCUCCUUACCUUUCUUUUGUAGUACAUGGCUUUGCUAAUUUGCUAAAGCUAUAUCCGUACCUCCGAUUUUGCUUUUGCAGUCUGCAUAUGGAACACUACCAAUUGGGUCAUAUGACAAUGUGUAGGAAUGGUUAAUGUGAGUAGUGAAUGUAAAUUUAUAUGUGAAAGAUCUUAUCAAGACUUUAUUAACCCGGAGGUGAGUUACUGUUGUCUCUUAUCCUUAUAAUUCUGUUGUUCAAGCUGCAGAUACAAGUAAGUUUUUUUACAUCAGUAAAAGUGUCAGUGGUACUGGAUUGUUUCAACUCUUGUAUUUGCUUUGUUUCCUAUAUGUGCUGAAGUAUGUUGGUGGUGUAUUGCAGAGCAGUGGCCAUGACUGAUUGUGUUUACUUUUUCAAAAACUUUAGUCAAAUUGUGGGCUAGAUAUUAGAAUGACACGUGUGGAUCACAUCUUUCUCAUCCUAGCAGCAUGAGUGUGUUGGAG